AUGCCUGUGCUCACAUCUCCAGGCGUCGAACAAACACGCAUCCACAACCUCCCCGCCGCCUCCGCCAUCCUCGACUAUUCCCAGUCUCACGGCCACAACGAGAUUGACACCGCACGCGUCUACGGCGGUGGUUCCUCUGGAGAGCAACUGGGCAAUCUCGACUUGCAAAAGCGCCAUCUGGGGAUGGGAACGAAAUCCUACCCUCAUUCGGAGGAGUCCCCGGCGAAACUCCCUCUCAUUUCCGCGGCGGACUUACGAAGCACGCCGUUUGAAGAGACUUUCAAGGCGACAGAUGAGAUAUAUAGAGGAGGGUUGUUUGACAGAUUCGGAAUCUCAAAUUACAUGGCAUGGGGAGUUGCUUAUAUCAAUGAGGUUUGCAUCGAGAAUGGCUCAAGAAGACCGACUAUUUGCCAGGGUGUGUAUAACGCGAUACACCGUACCAGUGAUACGGAACAAUUGCCAGCACUGAGAUAUUUCGGCAUGGCCUUUUAUGUGUUGUCUGCUUUGGCGGGCGGGUAUCUUACAGAUUGGUAUUCGAGGGUGGUCGCGAAGGCUUCGGAGGGAGGCGGGAAGAUUGAGGAGGGGAGCCGCUUUGAUGGAAAGACGAGCCAGGAUAAGAGUUAUCGGCAGAGGCACUGGAAUGAGAGUAUGUUUACAGCACUUGAUCUGAUUCGAAGUGUGGCAGGGAAACAUAAUUUGACGGAAGUGGAGAGUGCGUUGCGGUGGUUGAUGUAUCAUAUCAGGUUGGACGUGGGGAGUAGCGAUAAGGUUAUUAUUGGGGCGAGUAGUGAGAAGCAUCUUGACAAGAAUUUGCUGGAUUUUGAAAAAGGUUCGUUGCCGGAUGAUGUGGUGCAAGCGCUGGACGAGGUGUGGAGGAUGGCAAAGGGGGUGGCUUGUAGUUACUAUCACUGA